AUGUCGAGCAUCUAUGCAGAGCUAGCUCGCCUCAAGCUCAAUACAGAGCAAAAGUCUGCCCUAAUCUACUACCUCACUGAAAAUGGCGAAGCUGAAGCUAAAGCGGAGAAAGCCUUCACUGCCUGCAACAAUGAUGAGGAGAAAUAUGCAUAUCUAAACUUAGUCUUGGGGGGUUUAUCUGAAAAGUCUCGCUCAACUGAAAUUGAAUCGGUCAACCUCGUUACUGAUGAUAAAAUAUCUGAGCCUCAUCUUGAAACAGAAUUUGUUGAAAAACUAAAGAUCGAUACAUUUGAAGAGCCUGUUUUCGGAAAAUAUGACCCUAAAGAUGCAGAUCUCGAAAAGUUUGCUCAAAAACUGCACCUCGACCAAUUGCAAAAACACCGACCACCAUUAACGGACAAGGACAUAGAGAAAUUUUACGAAUUCGCCGGUCCUUAUUUUACUUGGCCUUCUACAAUGAAAACUUCCGAGAGGCGUCUUAUCAUUGAUUAUAUUGCUGGAAAGCUUGACCACUCUAAAGGUAGUCAUGUCUUGAUCAUCGAUGGAAAGUUAGUUCGCUAUGGAUCAGAAUUAUCAGGGGAGGAAUACCGAAAACUUGCCCCGGGAGCGUUGUACGGCCCUAUUGUCAGAGAGGUGGUCGGUGCAAAAUUCUCUUCCAUUGAAGAUGGCACAAAACAGGAGUGGCAGGUGCACAUGCGGAUUCGAAACAAAGCCAACCCUAACAUUAGUGCAACAAUGGCAAAUAUUGAGCGAGAUAACCGUAAUCGCAAUUUUCGGCUAGUACUUGAUACUGGUGCAUCUUACACAGUUAUACCACCAUUAUUAAGGUCCAGGUUGCCGAAACGUCUCGGUUGGAGUAGGCUGAAUUCAGAUGCUACUGGCUACGGUGGCGGAAAUACAAUGAAGAAGAUGUAUUAG